CCCACCGGCAGAAGAGCAGAAGCAGCCGUGCACUAAAGUUUAUAGUUUUACGGAUUAACGACACAAAUACGGUGGAGGAUGAUGUAAAAGUCAAACCAACAGAUUAACACCGACCCCCCCUCAUCGAUGGCAGUGUUGUGGUCAAAACUCUCUGCCGUCCUUCCGCCAAACGAGGAAGAGUUUCCACUACAAUUCAGCGACAAAGUGGAAUCAAGUGUGGUGAGCGUGCUCCAACAGUCCAGGCGGCAGCUGUACAGCGACGCCACAAGCACCGACCGGACGCUCACCGCUCAGAUCAUUCUGGACCUUUCGUGGGAGAAACUCAACACGGGGACGUGGCGUGAUGUUGACAAAGAGUGGAGACGUGUUUACUCCUAUGGCUGCCUGUUCAAAGUGGCUGCACUGUGCCGGGAACAUCCUUCAGCAGAUGAGAUCCUCCAGGGCAUCAGGACUUGUGACAUGGGUUUACUCAUGGGUGCAGCCAUUAUGGAUAAUGUACUUCAAGUCCUUGUCCAGAUCCUGCAGGAGGAAGUUAGGAAAUCCACCAAAGAAGAGCAUGAACACAUUGCGAAAAAGAGAGUAAAGACCGAGCGCCCACGUGUUCCUGUGAUCAAAGACGAGCAGGCCGUUCCCAGGAUAAAGUGUCCAUCACUGGAGAGCUUCAAGUCCGACUACCUGCUCCCACUCAGACCCGUUAUACUAGAAGCCACCGCUGACCACUGGCCUGCGUUUAAUGAACACCCCUGGAGCGUAGAAUACUUGAGGUCCGUCGCCGGGUGUCGGACGGUUCCCGUGGAGGUGGGGUCGAGGUACACAGACGAGGAAUGGUCACAAACACUCCUCACCGUCAACGAAUUCAUCGAUCAGUAUGUUUUAAACAGAGACGGAGCCAAAGCUGUGGGUUACCUUGCUCAGCACCAGCUUUUCGAUCAGAUACCAGAACUAAAAGAAGACAUCCGCAUCCCUGAUUACUGCUGCCUGGGCGACGGCGACGAAGACGACAUUACCGUAAACGCCUGGUUCGGGCCCGGAGGUACCGUGUCGCCGCUUCACCAAGACCCUCAGCAGAACUUCCUAGUCCAGGUUGUGGGAAGCAAAUACAUUCGCCUAUAUUCCCCUGAGGACACAGACAAGCUCUACCCUCAUCAAUCAUCGCUCCUUCACAAUACCAGUCAGGUGGAGGUGGAGAAUCCAGACACGGAGCGGUUCCCAGAGUUUGCCAGGGCUCCGUAUCUCGAAUGCGUGUUACAGCCUGGAGACGUGCUGUUCAUCCCCGUCCAACACUGGCAUUAUAUUCGCUCUCUGGAACUCAGCUUCUCUGUCAGUUUCUGGUGGUCAUAAUAAAAAUAAAAAAAGU